AUGUGGUACAUUCUAGAAGCUUGCGAGGGAACGUUGGUUUCGUGAUAAGUUUACACGAAAUAUAUCAUUUUAUUUUAACUUUCGAAUAAUCGUAUGGGGCUAAAAGACUCGAGAAAUUUAUUUGAAAAUAAUACCGGUUCAAUAAUUAAUGAGAAAACAGAGUUAGCAGUAGAAGUUUCAAGAAUUUAGAACUCGGGGUUAGGUUGGGUUUGUGAAAGUGGUAGGGGAAACGUGCCCAUGUGAUAACCCAAGAUCCUGUCCGCGCGACUAUAUUCUCAUUCUACUCGCGAAACAACGUGCGGCCACGCCGUGACGAUUUUCACAUCUUUCUUUCGAUUAUUCGUCGGCUCUUCGUUUCGUCAACGUUAUAACAAGAAAUCAAGAUGUAUCGACUACCAAGCAUGAUGAGAACCAUGGCAACGCGUCAGAUGCAGCUACAAGCUCGUCUGUAUGCCAAAGACGUGCGCUUUGGGCCUGAGGUCCGUGCCCUCAUGCUGCAGGGAGUAGAUAUCUUAGCUGAUGCUGUUGCCGUUACCAUGGGGCCAAAAGGACGUAACGUAAUUCUGGAACAAAGUUGGGGAAGCCCGAAGAUCACGAAAGACGGUGUCACUGUUGCAAAGGGCAUUGAACUGAAAGAUAAAUUCCAAAAUAUUGGAGCCAAACUUGUGCAAGAUGUCGCAAAUAACACUAACGAAGAAGCUGGAGACGGAACCACAACCGCUACAGUAUUGGCCAGAGCAAUAGCUAAAGAUGGUUUUGAGAAAAUCAGUAAAGGAGCCAACCCUGUUGAAAUAAGACGAGGUGUUAUGCUGGCUGUGGACACAGUGAAAGCAGAGUUAAAAAAUUUAAGCAAGCCAGUAACAACACCGGAAGAGAUAGCCCAAGUAGCAACGAUAUCUGCAAACGGCGAUACGGCAAUUGGUACAUUGAUUUCGGACGCGAUGAAGAAAGUGGGAAAAGAAGGUGUAAUAACAGUAAAAGAUGGUAAAACAUUGAACGACGAGUUGGAAGUGAUCGAAGGAAUGAAAUUUGAUCGUGGAUAUAUUUCGCCGUAUUUCAUUAAUUCAACAAAGGGCGCAAAGGUCGAAUUCCAGGAUGCGUUGGUGUUGUUCAGCGAGAAGAAAAUAUCGUCGAUUCAAAGUAUUGUCCCUGCGCUUGAGAUGGCGAGCUCGAUGCGUAAACCAUUGGUAAUUAUUGCUGAAGACAUAGACGGUGAAGCGUUGACAACUCUCGUCUACAAUCGAUUGAAAAUUGGCCUUCAAGUAGCCGCGGUUAAAGCGCCAGGUUUCGGUGACAACAGAAAAGCAACUCUUCAAGAUAUGGCGAUCGCAACGGGCGGUAUUGUUUUCGGAGAUGACGCAAACCUGGUCAAAAUCGAAGAUGUAACCGCUAAUGAUUUCGGACAAAUCGGUGAAAUUGUUAUUACCAAAGAAGACACACUUUUGUUGAAAGGCAAAGGAAGUAAAAGCGAUAUCGACCGACGAGCUGAACAAUUAAGAGACCAAAUCGCCGAAACUACCUCUGAAUAUGAGAAAGAAAAACUUCAGGAACGUUUAGCAAGAUUGUCCGCUGGUGUUGCUGUCUUGCGAGUCGGCGGCAGCAGUGAAGUUGAGGUCAACGAGAAGAAAGAUCGUGUUCACGACGCUCUUAAUGCUACUCGUGCGGCCGUGGAAGAAGGCAUCGUUCCGGGAGGUGGUACCGCUCUUCUGAGAUGCAUUCCCGCUCUAAAUGCCCUGAAGCCUUCGAACAACGAUCAAGCAAUGGGAAUCCAAAUCGUAGCUAGUGCUCUUCGAAUGCCUUGCCAACAAAUUGCGCAGAACGCUGGUGUAGACGCGAGUCUGGUAGUAGCAAAAGUAUCGGAAGGAAAACUGGGCUACGAUGCGAUGAACAAUGAGUACGUUAAUAUGAUUGAGAAGGGAAUAAUAGAUCCCACGAAAGUUGUACGUACAGCGUUGACCGACGCAGCUGGUGUAGCGUCGUUGCUGACUACUGCUGAAGCUGUAGUUACGGAAUUACCGAAAGAAGAAACACCGGGAAUGGGUGGCAUGGGAGGAAUGGGUGGUAUGGGCGGAAUGGGUGGUAUGGGUGGUAUGGGAAUGUAAGAAAGCGAGAAAAACAUUAUUCAAAGACUGAAAAUACUUCAGAAGAAAACGAAAAAAUCAUUAAACACAAAAACAAAAACGUUUAAUUGGGUGAUGGAAACGAAACCAGGAGCGCAUUUGUGUUACAGUUUUUUUUUUCUUUUUCUUUUAUCGUUCAACCAACCUUGCCGAGUGUGACGUCGAUCUGUUUUAUGGAAUACAAUUUUUUUUUCUACUAGAACACAACAUUCCUCGAGUUACCGGAAAUCAAUUUGAAUAACAUGCAGGUUGAAGAAAAAACCUCGUUUCUUCGUCAAUGUUCUUGCUCACUGCCCAUCGACGUUGUUCAUUUCUGCUAAGUCUCGUACAUUUAGACACAAAUUCAUAUCUCGAAUUUUAAGUGAACAAUUCUAUUGAAGCACAAAAAUAGUGAAGACUAAUCGCAACAACUCCAAAACCCGUCGAUAAAUACGAGUCUCCCGUGUAAAUUGUUGAACAAGAAAAAAUCACGUUUAUCAUCAGAAAUUUAUGAAUAUACUGACCACGUUUAAAGUAAGAUUGACAAUUUUUUAGUCCCUAGUUAUUUUGUCCCAAUAAUAAACAGUAUCACCAAAUUCACCGGUCAUAUAAACAUAAAAAACGUAGCCUUAAAACUAGUUUAAGAUCGUUUGAAAAAACCUACCCAUCGCGCUGGAAUCGUCAUGUAUUUUUUCCGAUUAUGAAAAAUUCAAUUGAAAAUGCAAAAAGAUAAAUGGAAUUCUGUAAUCGAAUGAGCAGUAUACUGUUGAGAAUGCAAGUGUAAAAAUGUUAUCGUAUGCUACUUGAUACGACAUAAGAUAGAGGACUCGAGUUCUAUGUUAACUUUUUUUUUUAACAUUAAUGUUUAUUUUUCACAUUUAAGCCUAAAUAAAUGUACGUUUAAAUUAUAAA